UCGACGCCGUGUCUCGCAGAUCACCAGAAGAAGAAGCGUUGCUACUUGAGUUUAUGUGUUGAGUGACAGUUUGUCGAAGUUUACAGUGUUUUUUUAUACUUAGUUUCUCUGCUUGGGAACAACUUACCACAUUUCGCCGUAGACUCGCAGCGUUGCCUGAGAUCUGACCGGCUGCUUCGCGCUGAAAAAUGCGGGACCGAACCAAAGAAUUAGGAAACAAGGCGGAGGCUCCAGAUGAGGACGAGGAGCGCAGAGCGCUCAUGAUCAAACCUGGAACCUCCUCAGCCAAAGAGGAGAAGGAGAAUGACGCCUUCUUUAAAAAGGUGCAAGAGAUCCAUGAGGGGCUGCAGAGUCUCAAGAAGAUGGUGUCCAACCUGGAGAACAAACAGAGGACGGUGCUGGGGGUGGCGCUGCCGGAGGAGAGUAUGAAGAAGGAGCUCCAGACCCUCCGAGAUGAGAUCAAAACGCUGGCCGGUCAGAUCCAGAGGAAACUGAAGAGUAUUGAAUCGAAGAAGGGAGAGGAGGAUGGGAAGUAUAUCCCCGUGAACGUCCGGAUGCAGCGGACCCAGCACGGCGUCCUGUCCAGGGAGUUUGUGGAGUUGAUGGGUCACUGUAACACCAUCCAGGCCGAGUACAGAGACCGCAACGUGGAGAGAAUACAGAGGCAGCUCAAAAUCACUGGGAACAACGUGACGGAGGAAGAGCUGGACGCGAUGCUCGAGAGCGGGCAGACGGAUGUUUUCACCCAAAAUAUCCUGAUCGACGCCCAAGCUACGAGGCAGGCUCUGAAUGAGAUCGAGUCCCGGCACGACGAGAUCCUGAAGCUGGAGAAGAGCAUCAGAGACCUGCACGAAAUGUUCCAGUACCUCGCCAUGGAGGUGGAGGCUCAGGGGGAGAUGGUGAACCGGAUUGAAACCAACAUCAAAGACUCUGUUAACUACGUGGAGAAAGCAAAGGAAAACACGGAGAAAGCGGUCACGUAUCAGCAGAAAGCUCGCAAGAAGAAGUUGUGGAUAGCGAUCUGCUGCGCCAUCCUCCUCCUCAUCCUAAUCAUUUCACUGGUCACCACCUUCGGCACCUAACGCCAGGCAGUGUAAGUUGUUGAAUGUAGACCAGUUUAGCAGAAGCACAUUA